AUGUAUUUAACUAUAGAAGAAAGUAGACGUUAUCAUCUAACAAUAGUACAUAUAUCUCAGAUACGUAGCUUCAUACUGCUGUUUAGCAUAAAGAUAAGAACAGUAAGCAAUCUAACCUUAGUGUUUUCAGCCUUGGAAAGCAGAAAGACGGAUGGAAUCCUUGUAGAAUCUUGUAAAGAGGUGUAUCAUUUCAAGUUUUCACACUUAGGAACAGAAGGUAAAGAACAAGUCGUUAGGAAACACGGAUUUCAAGGUAAUUAA